UUUCUGAUUUCAAGGGAUGUUACUCUCACACUAAAACAACACUCUUUCAGAUAAGAAGCCGUACAUCCUUAAGGAAAUGGUCUCAGCACUCAGUUUCCUCAUGUUUAUUGGAUGGGAUUGAAUAUAUACAAGCAGAACAUCAUGAAAAUGUAGUCAUCUUAACAAGAAAGCAUAAAAUAACCACAUCCCAGUAGUAGAGAAAGUGUUUUGUGACUAGUAAUAAAGGAAUUAUCUGUAUAGCAAUGGGGGAGUCAAAGAAGGACUUUAUGAUGAAAAGGGCCAUGAAUAAGGGCACCUUCAUUAGUGCUUCAAACUACAAGAAUCGCUGGUUUAUCCUAGAUGACCAAUUCCUCAGAUACUUCGACGGAACUUUAGAUAAACAAAAUAAAGAAAAGGGCAGGGUUGAGUUACGAAAAAUCAAAGCAGUUGAGACUGUAGAUGACUUUGUUUUGGAUAAGAAAUCCAAUGUAUUUCAGGUAGUCCAUGGUUCCCCGAAGAGUAGUGACAUAUUAACCUUGUAUAUUGUUGCAACAAAUGAUGCUCAGAGACAAGACUGGGUCACACAUCUCAGGAAAGCUGCUGAAAAUGCUGAGGCGACAUUUAUACCAAAGUAUCACAAAGGGGUAUGGAUUAAUGGCAGUUAUACUUGCUGUAACCAGAUUUCAAAGAAUGCCAUUGGCUGUGAAGUAACUUCCACAGAGAGAGAGUUUGGUGGUGUUUCCUCAGCCCUUCCCCCACCCCCUUCCAUCCCUCUCCCAUCACCAGAGCCCACACCCAAGAAGGUGGUGGUAGCAGUUUACAACUUUUCACCCACAGAAGAUGAGGACUUGGCACUCUUGCAAGGUGAAGAAUAUGAGAUUUUGGAUGACUCUCGAGAACACUGGUGGCGAGCCAAAGACAAGGAUGGGAGAUCUGGUUAUAUACCAUCAAACUACGUCAAAAAGAAAUUUGAUCUAGAAAUGUUUGAUUGGUAUUAUAAGAAUUGUACACGUGAAAGAAGUGAGGCCAUACUAAGAGAGGAACAGAGGGAAGGUUGUUUUCUGGUGCGUGAAUCAAGUGCACCCGGCAUGUUUACAUUAUCCCUACUUACAACAGAAAAUGAUGGACAAGUUCGUCAUUAUCAUAUAAAGAAGAAUGACCAAGGAUACUAUUACAUAGCAGAAAAAUACGCAUUUCCUUCAAUAUCUGAGCUUGUGCAUUAUCAUAAACACAAUUCUGCGGGGCUUGCUACCCGCUUAAAAUCUCCGCCCACAAGAAGUGGCACAGCAGCUCCUGCCACGGCAGGCUUUAGUUCUAGUAAAUUUGAGAUUGACCCAUUAGAGAUUUCUAUUGGAGACCAGCUUGGGGCUGGUUGCUUUGGAACUGUUCACGAAGGUAAAUGGCGUGGCAAACGUGUAGCUGUAAAGAUGAUGAAAGAAACAGCCAUGUCAGAUGAGGGUUUUAUUGAGGAGGCUAAAACCAUGACACAAUUAAAUCACCAGAAUUUAGUCCAGCUUUAUGGCAUUGUAACCAAGAAGAAACCACUUAUCAUUGUUACAGAACUUAUGCAAUAUGGCUCAUUGCUUUCAUACUUACGGAGACAUAAAGCUCGCUUGUUGGUUAAGACUGCAACUUUACUGGACAUGUGUUCACAAGUUUGCAAUGGAAUGGCUUAUCUAGAAAAGAGGAAAUUCAUACACCGUGACCUGGCUGCCAGAAACUGCCUGGUGGGACAGAGCACAGUAGUCAAAGUGGCAGACUUUGGACUGGCAAGGUAUGUGAUAGAUGAUGAAUACACCAGUUCAACAGGGACCAAAUUUCCUGUCAAAUGGGCACCCCCUGAGGUUCUAAGCUACACUCGCUUUAGUAGCAAAUCGGAUGUAUGGGCAUAUGGUGUUUUGAUGUGGGAAAUAUUUACUGGUGGAAUUAUGCCAUAUGAUAAAAUGAAGAAUGUGGAGGUGGUAGAUUACGUAUGCCAUUCUAGACAACGAUUAGAAAAGCCAGCUUCUUGUCCGGAGAAAAUUUACAAAGUCAUGCUUCAAUGCUGGCAACAUGAAGCAGACAAGAGACCAUCAUUUAGUGAUUUAUUACAGCUUUUAAGUGGAUUACUUGAACAAGGGAACUAUCCAUAUAUUAGUACAUAAUUGGUUUGUGAUCUCAACAGAUUUGGCAUUGUUGAAUUGCACGUGAACCUAGCUUUAUUCUACAAUAAACCAGUAUUUAUAGAGGUUUUCUCUAAUAAUUCUUUUAAUGGAUAAUUUCAACUCUUUAGCAUGUUAUUGGUUUCCAUGACAAUCCUACCAAAAAGUUUUAUGCUACCGGUACUCUCUGAAAAGCUUGUGUGGAAACGAGUUUAUUCACUGCAAAAUAAUUGUUUAUGCACAUAUUUGCAUUUCUGUUAUGCAAUCUGUAUAACAAAAGUUUGCAAAAGCUAUACUAAGCAAUUUUUUUUUUUACAUUUUUAUCUACACAAGUUUGUUAUUUUGUGUAACAAUCAAGUUUUAUAAAAGAAAAAAAAAAAGAAUUUUGAUACUUGUAAACAGUGCUUCCCCACAGUACAACUGUUAACAUGACAUUGUUCUUCCAUAUUUGUUUUUUUAACUUGUACUUGUUGUAAUAUUGACUAUAUUUUUUGAUAUUGAUUGCCAUUCUGAAGUCAGAUUGAACUUCUGCAUAUUCAAAUCAUAUACAUGUAUUUAAAAUUUAUUAUGUGAAAAUUAUGAUCUUUUUUAUAUGCUUUUUUUUUGCAAGUAGAUUAUUAAUUGUCUGCUAAGUUUUAAUUGGGUAUCAAUCAUCAUAUAACACAUCAUCAUACCAAAUACUUUCAUGUACUUCAUUUGUGAAUUAGAGGGGCAGGGUGUCUUUCUUUUUAAUCUGUAUACAUUAUAGUAAGUCAGUUCAUAUAAAGUAAAAUUUUAGCAAUGAAGAAGGGCUUGAGUGCCUCACUUCUUCUGCCACCUUCUUAAUCGCAAAAAUUUUACUUGAUAUAAAUUUACUAUUACUUUUCUUCAUAACUGUGAAGUAACAUUUUCAUGAAAAGUUUAAUGUAAAUGUACAUGAACAAAUCUCAGUUAAGAACUUCGAAGAACAAAAAGCUGUGGUCAGUUAAUCAUGAUGUAUAAAUAUACACUGAGUUUUACUUUUUCUAUCAAUUCUUUAUGAUAUGGACAUGUUUUUAAUCUUCAUAUUUCUAUGUAUGAAUAUUUUCAUUAUUUUUUUUUUUGACUGAAGAGAUUUUUUUCCCGAAACAUUGUAAUGAUGAUGGGGGAAUAAGGCAUAUAAAAUGCCUAUACAUGUAUCAGGAUGGAUAAGAUACUGAAAAAUAUCGACAAAUCUGAUAAUUCUUUUACAAAAAAUAACCCUUAAAUAGGUUCAAUACUUGGAAUAUAUUGGUUUUAACUGCUGUAUCUGUACCAAAAUCUUCAACUAGUAUCAUUUUUUUUAGACCCUCAAUGCCAUUUUUUUAUAGAGUGGAUCUGUUAAAUAUAUUUUUUGUCUUAGUAUAAUUAAGGUCAAAUAGAAGUCGAAUCAUUUUCAAUCAACAAAAACUUUGAAUGAUGAUCAAUAUACAUUAGAAAUAACAUUUUGUAUCCCAACAAUUGAUAUUUUAGGAAAAUAAUACCAAUCCAUAAAUUCGUAUGCAAAGUCACGUAUAGCAUUUACAUAAGGCAUUUUGUAGAUACUGAAAUGGCUCAGUGGUUGGAGCAUCAAACCUUUGAUAUCUCUUAAGAGCUAGGCAUUUUGGGUUGAAGCUUCGAUACCAUCAAAACUUGCAUCAAAUAUUUUCUUAUUUUCUUUGUGUCAUUUGAAAUUAACCGACUUUAGUAAGAAAUUAUGCUUUUGCAAAAUUGUAUUAUAUUAUUAAAAGAUAAAUUUUGGUGGGAAAAAAACCCCUUUACAAAUUGUGUUUUACGAUUAAACCAAUGGGCAUUUGCACCAUCUUAUUCCCCCAUCUUCUUUAUCUAAAUUGAAUCAGUUGAAUUAAAUCAGUUUAAUUAUACAUAAAUGUUUAUCGAUUAAUAAUGCACAAAAGAUGUGCAAGUGUAAUGCCAGGUAGAUUAUUCAUUUCAUGUUUCAUUUGUACAUGCAGUAUUUGUGUAGAUUGCCAGAUUUGAUUUAAUGCUGUGAUUUUAGUUAGAAAAGUUUCAUGUUACAUCACCUGUUGAGUAUAUCAUAUAUACGUGUAUGCUGAUAACUACUUGCAAUACCAACAUUCUUUCUUGAACUGUUAUAGUAACAUUGUUAAUUUAUGUAUUACUUUAUGAUGCAAAAUAAUAUGAAAUUUCAUUGAAGUUG